UAUUAUAUAAUAAUGAUCUUGAUAGUCAGUAUUACAAACCACUCUGUUGAUUUAAAGUUGGACAGCUGAUGACAUGGCUGAUGCCAUAUUUGUGCCUAUUUACUCAUACUUUCAGAGUGCUUUGUCUUGGUGCUCCUUGUUAUUGACUAAUCAACAACCUUAACUCAAAUCACCUUUGCCAUACAGUGGACGGCUACAUUUAUGGUAAAAACAAACGCAAAAUAGAUACAUGUCACUGACCUGAAGAAGCGUGGAACUUUGACAGUCGGAUUGUAAACUGCAGACAACCUCUUAAAAACAUGAUGGGCAAAGGGCACUAGCCAAAGUCCUCAUUUUACUCUCUACCACUGGCUCAUCCUCAAGCAUUAAUCCAAUACAUAUAGCCCGGUUUGUGUGAUAUCAACGCAUCAUAGCACAUGAAUUACAGUGCUUGAAAUGUUUCUAGUGGUUUGAACUGUGUAUAAAUGCUUCUGUUUUAAGUGAAUUUUCAUAAUGAUUACAGUACUCACAAAGUACUCAGCGACAAGGCUACAUAACAGUCCUCAUAGGAAACAUUUAUUAUAGAGAGAUACAGAUAGAGAAGAUGGCAGAUAGUCGUCAGAUAAAAGAGAAUCUGGUAGAUAAAGUUCUUUCAAGCCUGUUGAUGUCUAAGGGUUUGGGGCAAACAAAUGUGUACUGCUGUUGUAGCACAGGUGCAAACGAACAUGACAUUGUUGUACAGAAUAACCCGAUAAAAUGAUAAGCAAGCUUGCAAAAAUCCAAAAACACUUAAUGGGCUCAAAUCAAUCUGAUUAUUAACCGUACAUGCUAUGAGUUUAUGAAUGACCAAUCACCCCUGUUCUAGACAUGAAUGGAUUAUUUUAUAACAGACUUGAGGAAGACACUGACAUAAAAAGACAUCGCAUGAAAUCACAAGGGGAGAUAAAAGUUUAUGAGGCCUUUGCUAUGGCACGUCAGUUGUAAACUAGCCAGUGCAUAUGAAAACAAUAAGGCUAUCGUCUACAGUCUAUUUUGUAGCUUAAUCUACUAGCAUGAUAAAGUUUUGUGCAGAAUUAAUUUUUGUCAUCAAAUUGAAAUGUGCUAGUAAUGGUUUAAAAUUAUUACAUAUAACCUACAUCUGAAACCCAAUUGAAACAUGCACGCACACACUUAUAUAGAAACAGACCAACAAAUCCACACCUCGACCAUUAUCAUUUAUUUUUGCUAUAGAAUAAUUGAGUUAGCAGGAAAAACUAACAGCCAAAAAGUUGCAAAACUGAAAUAUAUAAUUUUACAAGAACAUAACCAAGCCCUAUCAGCCUUUCAACAUAUCUGUGCUAAAAUGGUAUUCAUGAUUUAUUGUGUCAAAAACCAGAGAGAUGUUUGAAUCCCUUAUUUUCAAAAGGUUCUGUAAAAAACUGGAGACUGGAAGAAACUAAAAAGGUUCAACUCUACGAGAGCAGGACGAUCCGUGUAGAAUAGCUUGAUUGGAUUUAUACUCCACAACACUAGACGGCGACAGUGCAACAAUGGAACGUUGUUUUCCAUUAUCCUGUCUGAGAUAAAACAAAAAAAAAACGAAAGGGAAGGGAAGUUAUUUACCGCUCUCUUUCCGCGUACGGGUGGCAGGAAAGCGAUUUGGUUAACGUCAGCAGUGCCACAUUGCUACGCUUUUCCACGGGGUUGCAACUGUUAAUUGGAGGAUCAUUUUGUCAAAAGGAUGAUUGAUCUUCGAGCCUGGGCGGAAUAUGUGGUUGAGUGGGCUGCCAAAGACCCUUACGGCUUCCUCACCACAGUCAUCCUCGCCUUGACUCCCCUCUUCAUAGCCAGCGCCUUGUUGUCGUGGAAGCUCGCCAAGAUGAUCGAGGCGAGGGACCGAGAGCAGAAAAAGAAGCAGAGGCGACAGGAGAACAUUGCCAAAGCCAAGAGGGUGAAGAAGGACUGAGCGUGCCAAGGGAUGAGAUGCAGUGGAAUCAGCCUACUGUCACGUCGCGUCGCGUCCCAGCCUGCUCUUCUGUGUGGCCCGCCCCUGGAGGUGGAGGACCAAUGAAGGGUUUCUUGGGAGGCCUUGCAGCCGUCACGGUGCAGAGCAUGAGGGUUCGUGCUUUGGGACUUGUCGGCAAGAUUUGUUUUUAAUCGUCUCACAGGGUGGCACGAGCACUGCCCCGAGUUACUGUUACUGCAACGUUUUUUGGCAUUCCAUUUAUUAAAAUAUUGCUGAAAUGAUUUUUUUCCACUAAUAAAUAAUUUAAAAACCUGUUUUUAAAAA